UUAUCAGUUCAUUGUAUCCUCAACACACCAGUCUCGACCAUGACGAAUGUUGGAUCCAAAACUAUCGUGCUCAUUACAGGCGCCAAUACUGGCCUAGGAUUUGAGAUUGCUAAAGCUCUUUUCGCACGUCCAGAACAGUAUCACAUUCUCAUCGGAUGUCGCGGUCAAUUCAGUCGUGCAGAUGAUGCUAUAAAAGAACUGCAGAAGCUUUCACCUCACAGUGCUUCUACGGCGGAGCCACUUUCGAUUGACAUAUCUUCAGACGAAUCGAUUGCCGAGGCGUUGGAGCGAGUCCAAAAGACUCUUGGCUACAUCGAUAUCUUGGUCAAUAACGCUGGCGCCGACUUCGAAACAGCUGUAUCCUCCGGCCGUCUUACUAAGCGGGAGGCUUGGAGUCAGACCUGGGAUGUCAAUGUAUCUAGCACACAUCUCUUCACCGAGGCUUUCGCACCGCUGUUAUUGGCUUCGAAAACUCACUCGCCCCGUCUGCUCUUCAUCACCAGUGGUUUAGCUUCUGCUACUGAGAAUGCCAGCGGCUCUAGUCCGCGUUACGCGCUCGCGCCAGCCGGGUGGCCGAAACCGUAUGCGCCAUAUCUGGCCUAUCGGUCGAGUAAGAGCGGGCUAAACUUGCUGGCGACAGAAUGGGCACGGCUCUUGUACAACGAUGGCGUCAAGGUAUUCAACAUUUCGCCGGGCUUUCUCAAUACGGGUCUGGGCGAUGAUCGUGCUACGUCUGAACGAAGAGAUAAGGGCGCUAUGGGCGCACUCGAUCCGGCUAUUGGAGGCGAAUACUGUGCCGACGUUGUCGAAGGCAAGCUAGACGAGAAGUCUUGGCCCAUCAAGACACUGAGAUAUGAUAUGGUGCAGCCCUGGUAGAAAAAGAUCGCAUUGAACAAGGCAUGGAGCUAUAAGGUUCUCAAGAAAUCAAAGCCUCAGAUGCGUUUUCCGAAGGUUUCAGCGAAAUGGGCCAGCAUCAAACCCUUCCAUGGUAGCCUUGUGUUGAAUAGCAUAAAAUAUCGACAGCCUUGUGCCGCGGUGCUUUCGUCAAAUAUUGUCUCCUAAACGAGCUAAUCUACGUUUCUAGUUCGAUUUGCUAAUACUGUUUUGUUGGAUCAAGAUGUCAAGUGCCAUUCUUUUACUGAUCGUUAUUGUUUGAAAAUAAGUUAAAAUAUAGUGUUUACACUGUGUUGCAGAUGGAUUUAUCUACUAUUGUGCUCUAUUUAUCGAUUUCUUUUUCGGGCGUAAACAUGAUAAACAAGGAAUUUGAACAGAUGUUAGGGAAAUAGGUCGUGAAGUUUUAAUAGUAAAAUAAACGCCGGGCAUACAAUG